UAAUACAAAUGAGGGUAUACCUGAACCUAAUGUCUUAAUGACUGCAAUUAGUGUAUCUUUACAUGCUAAUAUUGGUCAAGAAAAUAUAUCAAUACUCAUGAAAAAUAUAUCAAAAAGAAGCAAUUUGGCUUCUAUGUAG